AUGAAUAUAAAAUCGGAAACAGAGCACAUCAAAAGAAAAGCAGAGACAGAGAAACACACAAAGGAGCCAAUAAACAGAGCUGAGAACCACAGAGACGUAAUAGAUCACGAGAGCGAAGAAGAGAGAGAAGGCGUACAAAAUGUUACAGAGAUUGAGAGAUCUGAGGGUGAAUAGUCUCCGCCGGUGGAAGGAAUUGCCGACGAGGAGCUGCCGUCUCACUCGCCGAUGGAUGAUCUAGGGUUUGCUUUGUUCGCGAGAAAGAGAGAGAGAAAGAAAUCUCAUGACAUGAGUUGAGGAUUUAUAUUUAAUCGAAUAAAAAUAUUAAUAAUGGAAACUACAACCCGGUUUGGUCUAAAUUGUUCAUGCGGUUUUGGUUAUGGACCGGUUCAUACGAUUUCUAGGUGUAGUUAA